AUGGGAGGCUGUGCUUCGUCGGUGAAAAGGAAAUGCCCGUUCCGGACCCACAGGGAUCACUCAUGCGAGAGAAGAUCUAAACCGACGUCAGAUGACACCGGCCGAGCAGCAAUGCGCGACGGUGUAGCCGCUGGGGAAGCGACAGAACCGGAGCAUGCAAAUUCGGAGUCUGGAUCGGCAGCACAGGCAGCCCUGCAGCAAUUUCCCAAAUGGGGUGCUCAGGUGCCCACUGCAGAUGAAGCGUCACACGAGUUACUGCCUUCUUGUCGGGAGCCUGCUGAGCAUGAGCAAUUGAGCUUGAGACACUUGGGUGCAGGGAGUAACAGCCAGGAGACGCACAAAGACUGGCGGAGGGGCUGUGUUUCUGCCGGUAAGUGUCCUGUUCAUAAUGCCUCAGACGUUGCGAUUGUCGUGAGAACCUCGCUCGGGGAGGAAAAAUUGGGAGAAGCCGCCCCUGCUGUACAGCAGGGGAAGCUGGCGUCCAGUGAGGUUGUGACAGCUGUACCCUCUCAAGUGUCAGAGAGCUGUUCCACCAGCUUAUUCAUAUCAAACCAGGCCUCUGAGCAGGAGGUCCACCGCGACACUCAAGAAUCGUUGGAGACGGAAGGUACAGGCCAGCUUGUAACUGAAGAACCACUUUUCACAGCAGUAGGCCCUCCCCGGAUAACAGUGCAGAAUGGACAAGCUAGGGCGCCAACGGCAGCAGUAUACGAGCCCCAUGCAUCCCGAACAAGCUCACUCGCUCUUACAAACAACACAAACCACGACAGGCCCAUGUUCAACGCUGAAGAGAAUGGACAAUUUCAAACUCGGGCAGCCGGUGCACCGACGACAAACGUGCACGACCUCCUCUCCUGCGGUGUCCCCUGCCAUCUGCGCACGGAAGAAAACCAGCCACCGAAAGCAGAUGGAAAGGACACGGCACUGGAGACGGGGAAUAGGAAAAAGGAGCAUCCUCUUGAGACUUCUGGGCAUCAACAAAAAACAGACGGUACCACCGCUGGCACCAGCCCAAUGACCGCUCCUUCCAGUGAAGCGGAGUUAUCGACAGUUAGGCAGCGCAUCUACAGCUUAGCUGAUACUCUGCACAUCCAGGUAAGCCUUUGGAGAAAACUAUUCCGUGAAGCAGACAUGAACUUGAAUAAGCGAGGCUGCUGUGUUCGAGGCAGCAUAAGCGCCAGACAACACGCUGCCGGUGAUACACACUUUCUGAGCUAG